GGGCGGGGUUUGGGAAAAGCGGGGUGCGAGAUUUGAAAAUGGAGCCGAACACUGAUUUAACUCUCGCGAGCUAUGCCACUUCCAUGCCACAGUCGACGGCGAAGGCGGACUGUGUGGAUUGUAGCACCACAGAGGGGAGUUCUUCGGACCUCUUCGCUGAAGUGGAGUCGAUAGCCGCUGGAUGGAUGCUGGAUUUUGCCUGCCGCUGCCUGUGCCGCCAUUUUUGCGAGGGGAACCGGAGCGACUUCGAGAGGAGCAGAGACCUGGCCCUGACUGUUAUUAAAGGGUUGCACAAAAUAGAAACUCAUCAAAGGGAAACUGUGUGCCUGUGUCAGCUGUUGACAUAUAUUGCGGAAGGAAAAAUAUUUGAUUCUGAUUUUGGAGAUGACCAAAGACUUUCACCACUGGAAAAUGCUUUGUCGGUUUGGAUUUCAUUCCUAAAAACACAAAGCAAACAAGAUAAAUUGCAGAAAGAUAUCAAGUAUUUAAUUCAGAUUCAGGCAGUCGCCAUAUAUAUGGAAAAAGGAUAUUUUCAGGAGGCUGCAAAAGUGAUAGAAAGACUUUUUCCAGAAUCUUCCUCCGAUGAGCCUUUAAGAAUGAAGCUUUCUGCAGUAUCUAAACAAAAAGAUCCAUAUCAUCCAUUUCUUCGAUUUUUCAAUUUUAAUCUUCUGACUGAAAGAAUUAAAAUGUAUAUCAGUAUUUUCUUGAAAAAAGAAACCAACAAUUUUUUAAUGAAGGAAGCUACAAACAAGGUGAAAACAAAAAGUUUGGAAAACAUAAUGGUACCCAUACAAUGCGACAGUACAGUUGAAACAAACAAAGAAAAUCAUUUGAAAAACACACCAAACACCCUGUUAAAAUUACAUAAACAUUCCUGUUCCUUACCUGGUCAGUCAUUUUGGGAACCAAGGAAGAUACUGAUUUCUCCCAAGCCCAAAAAUAUAAAACGAAAAACUCAUCCAUGUAAAAAAAAUCUGCAAAAUACUACAGAUGCUCUACAAGAUGAGUUUCUGCCAGCUUGUCAGAAGAAAAAGCCAUGGAAGUGGGAAGAAGACCAGAAAUUAAAAAAUGGUGUACAGAAGUUUGGAGUUGGAAACUGGAUGAAAAUUCUUCAGAAUUAUGACUUUAACAAUAGAACCAAUGUUAUGUUAAAAGACAGAUGGAGAACUUUAGUCAAGUUAGGCUUGGCCUAAAUAGUUUUUUCCUCAGAUACUCAGCCUAUUGCUUUAUAUUUUGAUGAUGAGAUCAUAUCUUAAAUGAAUAAACAGGGACCAUUUUAUGCAAUUACAGUUCCUAAAAAUAGUUUUUGGUGUCUUCGUUGAUUUUUGAAAAUUUAGAGGUGAUAAGAUGUUAAAUUGAAAGUCUAGUACCUAGUUAUCAUCUGAAUAAAGCUGCUUAAGACAAGCAACUUCAGAUUGAUUUAACCUUUCAUUCUGGAGAGCUUGGAAGAAAUUCAGGCUAAUAUCUUGCAGGAUCAUACAAAUACUGCAAAGUUAAGACAUAAGUAGAGUCUUAAGCAGACAAGUUUAAGAUUCAUGUUGGAUCUGUUUAGUAAGGACAUCUUCAUUGUUCUGUGCAAAGGGGACAGGGAGACUUAAAUUUUUCAGUGCAAGAAAUACUUUAACAAAGAAAUCAUGCUUUAAUCAUCCAUAAUCUUAAUUUUAAACAGAUUUAAAGGGACUCCUGCCGCCCCCUCUCCAAAAAAGGAACUGAUGUUACUAAAUAUACUUCUGGUUUAAUCUCAAUAACUUCCACUUCAAAUAUUUAUUUUCAAUUAUAAAUAAAACACACUUCAAAAGAACAAAUUGCAUAUUAAAGUUGAUUUAUGUAAAUGAUUAUCCAGUUUAUCUAUUUUAAUGGCAUUUUACAAUAAUUAUUAGUACUGAAUUCAGGGAAGACUAACUUUAUAUAGUUCAUUUAACCUUAUUCAUUCAUACAAAAGACUAAUGUGAAAAAUUGAUUUCUCAUUUAUUUAAUGCCUAAAAUAUUUACAUAGGUCCAGUGCUAGAUUUCAUACUUCAGGUAAAUAUAUUCAAGUAUAUAUUCACUCUGCUAUGUAAAAAUAAAACUAUGUACAAGAGGACAUGAACAUUCUUCCACUUGCUGAAUUUUCUUCCAAGUUCCAUAGCAGGAUGGGUUUCCAACUGCUUGCCAAUGGAGAAUUGCAUUCCUAAAAUGGAAUGGAAAUAUAUUGUCUUAAUGGUAUAGAUAUUCCUCCAUAGAAUGUUAAUAUCCUAUUGUGAGGAAUGGUGCAAAUAAUGACCUCCCUUGAUUAUUCUCAUAGAUAGCAAACAUGGAAGCAAACAAGGACAUGGAAGUAAUUUUCACUAUCCACAUAAGAGCAAAUAGCAUUUUCUUGACUGAAACAGUUGCAAACACGUAACAAAUACAAUGGGAUGCAAACAGUGACAUUUCUUGAACAUAAAAGAUUCUUUCUCAUUCAGGAUUCUGGUAUCUAACAGAUGGUCUUGGAAAGAGGAUCAUAGUACACCUAUUUGUCAUUUUGAAAUGGUUCUGAAGAGAUACUUCAAAAGGCAAGGGUAUGGCAGCCCUUUAAAGCAGAUCUCCAUGUGAUCAUGAUAAAAAUGAUGCUUUAACAAAACAAAAAGACAAUGUCAUCUUUCAUGUGACUCAUUUAAGUCAUGUCUCCUUUCCCACUUCCUUAGAAGCCUGAAAAUAAAUGUGGCUACUUCACAGAGAUGUUGUAUUUAUUUUCCCACAAAUUUUUAAAUAUCUCUGCUGAAUUUUAGACAAAAUAUUCACAGAAAUUAUAGAUAUUUAUCAUGCUUCUUUAAAUGAUCUUCCAGUUUUGCAGCUUUUGAAGAAAUGCAGGUGGAAGGAAGAAUGGUCUCCCUGCCCAUUCCAAUAUUAGCAGAACUCUUCUAAUGGAUAUGUUUAAUCUAACUAUAUUUGUGAUGGUAUGUGGGAACAACCUUGGGAGAUGGGUGGAAAAGUGCUGCCUAAGGAAUGAAGAGGUAAAAAUGGAGAAACAGCCCAUAGCUGUAUAAGAGAAAGAAAGAAAAAAAACUCAGAAAGAAUCCUGUCUUGUUAUCAGCCUGUAAAAAUUGGUGAUUUGUACUUUCAGACUUGCAAAAUGCUAUUAAUGUAGUCUUACAAUAAAGUAGAAUAAACUCUG